GGCGGAGCCGAGGCCAGAGAAAUGGGAAUCCUCCUGCGGCGCACCGGGAGAGGCUGCCUUCACCGGGGGAGCGGCGGUGUCUUCGAGGAAACCGGAAGCCCAUGGUGACCCCUGGCGACCCGGUUUGUUUUCGGUUGGUUUCCAAACACUGGGGAAUCGAAACUCGGCGGCCCUUGGGGGUGGCCCUUCGUAUCUUGGCUUUAGGUUGUCAUGGAUGCACUGGUAGAAGAUGACAUCUGCAUUCUGAAUCAUGAAAAAGCCCACAGGAGAGAUACACUGACUCCCGUCUCAAUAUAUUCCGGAGAUGAAUCUGUUGCUUCACAUUUUGCCCUUGUCACCGCAUAUGAAGACAUCAAAAAACGCCUUAAGGAUUCGGAGAAAGAGAACUCUUUGUUAAAGAAGAGAAUACGAUUUUUGGAAGAAAAGCUUAUAGGAGCUCGAUUAGAUGAAGAAACAAGUUCUGUUGGACGAGAACAAGUAAAUAAAGCCUAUCAUGCAUAUCGAGAGGUUUGCAUUGAUAGAGAUAAUUUGAAGAGCAAACUGGAUAAAAUGAAUAAAGACAACUCUGAAUCUUUGAAAGUAUUGAAUGAGCAGCUACAGUCUAAAGAAGUAGAACUCCUCCAGCUGAGGACAGAGGUGGAAACUCAGCAGGUGAUGAGGAAUUUAAAUCCACCUUCAUCAAACUGGGAGGUGGAGAAGUUGAGCUGUGACCUGAAGAUCCAUGGUUUGGAACAGGAACUGGAACUGAUGAGGAAAGAAUGCAACGAUCUCAAAACAGAGCUACAAAAAGCCAAACAAACGAAUCCAUCUCAGGAAGACAAUCUGAAGAGCAAAGAUCUCCAAAGAAUAAGUGUUUCAAGUGACAAUAUGCAACAUGCAUACUGGGAACUGAAGAGAGAAAUGUCUAAUUUACACCUGGUAGCUCAAGUACAAGCUGAACUACUAAGAAAACUGAAAACCCCAACUGCAAUCAAGAAAGCCUAUACUCCAGUAGGAUGCAUUGAAGACCUCGGGAAAGACAGCACAAAACUGCACUUGACAAAUUUUACUGCAACAUACAAAAGACAUCCCCCUCUCUCCCCAAAUGGCAAAGCUUUGUGUCAUGCAUCUUCUCCUUCACCAGGAGAUAUAAAGAUUUUAUCAGAGAAAGCAAUUCUCCAAUCAUGGACAGAUAAUGAAAGAUCUAUUCCUAAUGAUGGUACAGACUUUCAGGAACACAACUCUUACGGCAGAAAUUCUCUGGAAGAUAAUUCUUGGGUAUUCCCAAGCCCUCCUAAAUCAAGUGAGACAGCAUUUGGGGGAACUAAAAGUAAAACUUUGCCUUUACCCAACCUGCCACCAUUGCAUUACUUGGAUCAACAUAAUCAGAACUGCCUUUAUAAAAAUUAAUUCUGAAGAGAUUCAUGAUUUAAUCAUGACAGCGCUCUCUCUCAGUGGUUCUUCUAAGAAAUUACUUAACAAAGUGGAUUUUGAUUAACAUCUUGCAGAGUUCUUCAGCAUACUAUAUGAUAUUAUGUAGUUGAUUUUCUAAUGUAAAAGAAUAGCAUCCUCCAGAAGCGGAUUUUGAUUAACAUCUUGCAGAGUUCUUCAGCAUAUACCUUGGAACAUACUACAUGAUAUGUAGUUGAUUUUCCAGUACAAAAGAAGAGCAUCUUCCAGCUGCAUAUUCUAGGAAUCAUAUAUAUGCUGCAAUAUUGAUUUAAAAACUCAAGGUGUUUGAAAAAGACAGUUCUACCUUUGAUAACAAUUGUAAAAUUUCACUUCAAAGUAUAAAAUUGGAGAUUUUUAGACAUGGUUUUGCAGCGUAUGUGAAAUGCCUCAAUAGUCAUUCAUAAAAACUAAAAGUCAUUAAUAUAGGAGAAAAACAAUGCGUGUUACUUCAAAUUAUCUAAGGGAGCAACAGCAGUCUGAACAGGUUAUGUUUCUGUUGGCCUUCUCAUGCAUAACGAUGAAAAAUAGAAUGGAAUAAAAGUGAGUGUUUAGGUUAUUUAUAUGCGAUUGUGUUUCAAAGUGUAAGAUUUAAAAUAACUUUUCAGUCACAGUGUUGCUUGUUGAUAAAAUUUCAAAAUUGCAAUUUGAUUUUUAAGACUUGAAAUACCUGGUUAUUGAAACCACUUUGUACCAGAAAAGAAUGAUGAAAUAGUUGAAAAACUAUGUGGUGUGUGAAUAAAAUAUUAUACCUCUGUAUACCAUCCAAUUAGAAGUAGAAAGAGCAUCACACACAUGUUUCAGCCUAUCACUGUCCCUUCAGUGAUCCAUAAUGAAAAUCUACAUGUAUGUAUGUAACUGUAGUCAUAUACUUCAAAGGGACUAUCACUGCCUGUAUCGUAGACUUUAUUCAUUGUUACACUUGUUUUGACCUGUAACAAUUCACUUACUGAGAAAAUAAUUUUUAAUUAGAUUAAGAAUUUUAAUUCUAGAAACCAAAUUGUGUGCUGUACUGAUACAGUAUAAUCAUGAAAUGUUCCCAAACUUCCAUACUAAGUGGCCAGUAAUUUGUAAACAAGAAAAUAACAAAGAAAUGGCUUCACAUAGAAAUUUAUCUAAAUUAUUUCAGAGUGGCAGUAUUAAGAAUAUUAGUAAAAUAUGAUACUUAGUACAUACACCUUUUGCAGGAUAAGGUGUUUCAUAUAGGACUUUGUCCUUUUUGAUAGACAGUGUCAUGUAUUUUGAACUCAAAAGCAUAUUUCAGAUCUCUUCUACUAUAUUACUGAAUAGCAUACAUACAUAGACAAUGUUCACCGUUCACCAGAUAUUUUUGUCUUUCUAUUAUCUUACUCACUUAUUCAAGCUUGUCUGUGAUUAAUGGAAUUGGUGUCAGCUGCUGGAAUUUAUUCUGACCAAUGAACACAGCUGACUCAAGGGAGUACAAUCUCAUGCCAAGUAAUAGAACAAAACCAAUAUGCAUAAAACAGACACAAGGCUUCAGGCUGUAGCUGAAGGAAGCAACUACCUGUGUAAUAACAAAGCAGCAGGAACUAUUUCUCAUAUGGUUGCAUAGGCUGUAUAUUGUAUCUAAUCUCUAAUGUAGCUUACUGGUUUGUCUUUUUUAAAACUAAGAUUGGACAUUUUUCUUUGUAAAGAAAUGUCUUAUGAGAUAAUGGCUUGAUUAAUGUUUUGAACAAUGCCAAAAAAAUUGUUUAAUUAAAAUAAAUUAUUUUUGUUUGAAAUAAAAGUGGAUGUGAAACACUGUCCUUGCC